CAGACCUCAUCCACUUCGCAGACAGUCUAUAUCAUCGAGCCUCAUCACUGUCAUCGUGGAUCUUUUUGAGCACGGUGAUCACUGUGGAAUCCUCCUGUAGACAGCUCGGUUCACCACUCCCUGGCUGACAUCCCGUCAUAUCAUAACCUCUGAUACAACGUUGCACCUUUCGCCUCGGAGUCUUUGCCAAUGGCACAUCUAGUCGACCAGGCCCCCGAGGUCCUGCAUCACAUUUUCCAGUGCGUCGAACCUACAGAUCUAGCCUCGCUCUCCCAGACGUGUCGAUACCUCAAGCAACUCAUUCAAAAUGACGAAUUAUUGUGGAAGCUCCACUAUCUAUCUCGAUUUGACCCUCCUCCCCAUGACGGAUCAGUAUCAUGGCGAGCCAGAGUAAGCAGCCUGGUCAAUGUGCAGAAGAUCUUGGAAUCAGACGACCAGAAUGUCAAGAACGCCGCAAUCGAAGAAGUCCUAAGUCAAACCGUCGAGCUCACUGCACAGUCUGCCUUUCCAUCGGCCAAAAACAGCAAAUUCCUCGCCGAACAUUUCGACAGACCCAGCAACAUCAAUGCCUUCCUCUGCAAAUCCAGCCUCUUCGGCCUUGUGACGCCCAACAGGUGGACCAGCGCUCCAACCGAGUCUUCCCGCCAGCUUUCCGCCCAACUGCACGUCCUAGGCGGCAUGAACCUGGAAUCUCACUGGCCCAGCUUGGACGAAUUCACGUGUCCACACCUCGCUGCCCGGAUCGCCCACGAAAACGACGACGACUCCUCCGAUUACGAUGAAGAUGACGACGACUCCUCCGACGCUGACCAUGGCGAGCCUGACAAUGGUACUGGUAGCUCAAGUACCAUGUCCUCGCGACCAAUUCUAUAUGUCCACGCCUACGCCCGCUCACGAGUCUACGACCUGCGCCGCUACACCCAGGAAAACAUGUGGGGCCCAUUUGAUGACGACGGCGCCACUACCAUCGAUUGGGAAAAGGUCCAAGCAAUCAUGAUCGUCCUGGCGUUCAACUACAGAAUGUACACCGAACGCCGUGGGCCCGGCCCCUUCCCUUCCCUUACGCCUUCCACGUCUACGGGACCGCCACCUUUCUCGUCCACAAUGGUCCCCUCCAACUCGACUACAUCUCACUCCACGUCCACACCAGGGGCCUUCCGCCCCUGGAGCGAGCCCUUUGCCGGCAUCGCAGCUAACAGCUUCGUAUCCAGCCCGCUCUCCGGGAAACUCAAACCCAGCCCGCGCCCGGAUCUCGACGCGCUCGACCCCUACGGCGUGACUGGCUCGUGGAUGCGCAUUGUCUGCUUCCUCGACUACAACGACCUGUACGCAUUCAACUUCGAGUCCAGCCCAGUCGAUCCCAGCGGCGAACGUCAGCCCAUCGCGACACGCGAGGCGUUUCGUCUGAUCCGGCUACAACUCCGCGUCACUUCGGUCGAGGCUCCGGGGCCCGACGACGGACAGGAUCUCCCCGUCGUCCACUUCGAAGGCAUCAGCCGCAGUACGUUCAUGGCGUGGGACCCCAAUGCGAACAGCCGCAUCAGAGGCACAGUGCGGCAAACACCUGGGGGUGCAAUACGCUGGACGACGUUCAGUAUUUUCCACGGCGAGGAGCGCUGGCGCAGCGAGGGCGUGCAGAUUGGCGGGAUCAGGAGCGCCAGGGGGAUUCUGGGGAACUGGUUCGAUAAGGACUACGAUCCGCACGGGCCUGCGGGGCCGACGGCGUUUUGGAAAGUCAGUGAUCAGAUUGUCGAGGAGAAAGAAAGAAUACCACCGCAGAUGAUGCAGAUUCUUGUGACGGAGUUGUUUGCUGAUUGAACUGGGUGAGUGGAAGAAGCGAAGGAGAGGCAUGGGGAGCGUCUGCUAUGUUUUUGGAAUGAAUUAUGGACCUGUUCUCAUUGCUGGGGGUAUCGCCAAUGGCAUCUGCGAACUAGGAAGCACACGACGAGGAUGAGAUUCACGAUAUUUAUCUGUUAACCAUCCUUUCAUCGAGGUGAUGGUUCGUACCUAACGAGAAUCAACCUGGGUCCAUCUUCCAGGCAAGAGGUCGUCCAUCAUGGCGAGAUAGACGUCCUGCGCGCCACGAAUAGACGAAAUUGCAUGAGAUUGUUUGUAGAUGAUGUGGAAAAUGGACCAUUCAUUUUGUACGUCACA